AUGGCUGGUGUGUUUGGUGUGUCAGUGACAGAGGGAGAUUCAGUCACUUUACACACCGGUCUCACUGAACUGAUGAAUGAUGAUCAGAUUCUGUGGAGAUUUGGAGCUGAAAACACUUUAAUAGCAGACAUCAAUGUAAUGGUCAACAGACUCACUGUAUAUAAUGAAGUUCUCAAUGGGAGAUUCAGAGACAGACUGAAGAUGGACCAUCAAACUGCAUCUCUGACCAUCACAAACAUCACAACUGAACAUGCUGGAGUUUAUAAACUAGAGAUCAUUGGAGCAAAUCGAUCAUCAAAAACUUUCGGUGUCUCUAUAUUUGCUCGUCUGCCUGUUCCUGUCCUCAUCUUCAACUCUUCUCAGUGUUCUUCAUCAGUGCAGUAUUGUUCAGUGUUGUGUUCAGUGGUGAAUGUGAGCGCUGUGAGUCUCUCCUGGUACAAAGGAAACAGUUUAUUGUCCAGCACCAGUGUGUCUGAUCUCAGCAUCAGUCUCUCUCUACCUCUGGAGGUGGAAUAUCAGGAUAAAAACACCUACAGCUGUGUGAUCAACAACACCAUCAGCAACCAGACCACACAUCUGGACAUCACUAAACACCAUCAGGCAUGGGAAGGAACAGCCGCUGAAGCUAACCUCGUCCACAGCUGCGAUUCUACCGAAGCUGUGCUGCGACUGGUUGUCUCUACUCUGGUGGGCGUGGCUAUUGUUGCUGUUCUGGUUUAUGAUGUCAGCUCUGCAAGAGGUUUAAAAGAGGAAAGAGAACAAUACAAUAUUGUAAGCUAUGCUGGAGUGUAA